AUGGAGGAGGCAAUUGGUAUGUUCCUAUUAAUGGUGGGACAUAAUGUGAGGAUAAGGGUAAUAGUAGAUCGUUUUCAACACUUAACUGAGACAGUGGACAGGCAAUUUAAGGAAAUUGUAAGAGCAAUAUGCCCCAUGGGAAAAUUCAUUAUACAUGGUUCUCAAAGCAAUGAAGUGCAUCCACGUAUUGCUAACAAUACCAAAUUCUUUCCAUAUUUCAUGAAAUGUAUAGGCGCAAUUGAUGGAACAUAUAUCAGUGCAUGGGCUCCAACAUCAAAGCUAGUCAGCUAUAGGAAUAGAAAGGCCACAAUCACCCAUAAUAUAAUGUGUGCAUGUGAUUUUGAUAUGAAGUUUACAUUUGUUUACAUGGGUUGGGAGGGUACAGCCAAUGACUCACGAGUAUUCUUAGAUGCACUUCAAAGGCUAGAAAAUAAUUUCCCAUGGCCUCUAUCUGGUGGCUAUUAUUUAGUGGAUCCUGGUUAUCCAUGCACCUUGGGGUUUCUACCUCCGUACCAUACUGAGAGAUACCAUCUACGAGACUUUCGAGGUGGGAAUCGUCCUGAAGGUGCUAAAGAGCUAUUCAAUUAUAGACAUUCCUCUCUUCGUAAUGUAAUUGAAAGUUGUUUUGGUGUUUUAAAGGCACGAUUUCUAGUUUUAAAAAUGAUGCCUCGUUAUAAACCAUGUCGACAAGGGAAUGUGAUGAGAGCUUGUUGCACAAUUAAUAACUUCAUUCGAAUGGCAACAAGAAAUGAUCACUUGUUUACUCAAUUCAAUGUUGAUAACCUUACUGUUGAAGGUGAAGGUAGGGAUAAUUCGGGUGAGCCAUCGCACACUAUUGACUUAACUGAUCAGGCCGCUGAAGUUAUGGUAGCUUAUAGGGAUUAG